AUGGAGAAGUCCGACUUGUAUGAAAACAAAAUCCGUUGGGGCGAUGCAUUCAUGAUCCUCUUCGACAUCAACGACCCAAAAAGCUUCGACGAAGUGACCAGAAUCCGGCUAUUAAUCAGCCAUUACCACACGCCGCCCCGACUUGAGUUUUUGAAACACAAACUCAAGGACAAAAUCCGCAGCGCAAACGAAGACCGCGAGAAACAAGUCAAAUCCGACCAGUGGUUCAACCCUCCCGUCAUUCUAGUAGGAACGCACACCGAUAAAAGGAGCAAAGAUUCGAUACCGACGAAAACUGCGAAAGAAAAAGCUCAAGAAUUAGAAUGCGGAUUUACGGAGAUAUCAAACAAGGACUCAUCUCAUGAUGAUAUUCGCCAAGCCUUCUGUAAUUUAUAUCGAUCGUAUCGGGCUCAAACGCACCGACCGAGAAAUCAAAAAGAUACAAAGCUUAUCAAUGUGAAGGAGUCCUCAGAUCCUCGAGUCAAGCCGCACGCAUCACCUGAACUUAAUCGAAGAAUGAAUCGUGGAAUGGGAAGAGUCGAUAGUUUUACAGUCGAUUUGAUGAGCAUAAUCGACAGUUUAUGCAGCCAAAGCCAAGUUCCAUUGAUCAAGUCCGCGAUUCUUUUGAAAGGCUCCGUCGUUGUCCACGAGAAAAAAGUCACAUAUUUUCUGACAGAUUGUGAGAGAUUCCAUGCUCAACUAAAAUUUCCCCUUCGUCUGCAAAACGAGGCCGAAAAGAAGUCAAAGAAACAGAAGACCAAGAAAGACCCUCAGACUCUCUUUGGACUGGAAAGAAUGGACGAAGAGCUCCCAGAAAUAAAAUUCGACAAUGCUUUCUUCAAUCAAAAUAAGGCGAGGAUGGACCAAAUCACCCUUCGCGAUGACUCUGAAUUUCUCAACGUUGGAAAUAUCGACCUUGAAGAAGCGGAACUUUCCAGCGCGUUCAAGAACGGAAUGGAUUUUAACGACCCUGAGCUGAUGAAAGAAAUGGAGGAGCUUUGUAAAAGCGCGAUUGAAGACCAAACUCUGCUUUCUAACAAUAUGACAGUAAUAUCCGUAAACGAGCAUGGAAGAAGAGCAGACCAAAGCGCUAUCAGCACCGCUACAAAUGGCGGCAUCAACAACUCCGAACUCCUCGCUCCCGAUAUGCCCGUUCCCGAAAUGUCGAUUAUGAACAAAAAUGUGAACUCUGAAAUAACGAUGAGCACAACCGAUGGAAAAAGUAUUCUCAAUACGCCUGGCUCGCUGCUGACACCGGGGCCGAUGGAAACGCCUUCGUUGAUGAAUGCGCAGAUGUCGACGCCGAAAGAAACAGAAGAAACGGUGAAAAUUAAGAAGAAAAAAUCAAAGCUCAUUUUGGACAACGAAAUUAUUGCUGAUAAUCCUGGCCGAAAUGAUCCAACUCCGAUGAUAGAUGAGCCGGAAUUCGCGCCAGAGUUUCAAGUUCCAGACAAAUAUUCCAGGCCAAAAACACUUUUCGACUUUCCAUUCCUCAGCAGCAAAUUACUCUCGCCUUAUUUCGAAGAAACUUUCAGAAGAAACAUGAUAUCCGAAGAACAACCUAACAAAAGAAAAAAGAGACAAGCAGAAGUUCACAGAGAGCCAGAACAGCCGCAGACUCUAGCGGAUUCGCUACUUGAUAAGACAAAAUGCCCAUCUUCGAAAAGAGUUCGAAUCGACCCAAGAUUUACUGGAGAAGAUGAAAAUCCAAAUAAAGCGCCCGACAUGUCAAUUCAAACCCCUAAAACUGUUGAUUUCAAUUCACUCAACGAAUCUCCAUUCACUGUUCCUCAACAAAUCGCUCCUCCAGAUUUUGCUCAUCUUCAUCCUCCAUCAACGGCCGAUUUGAUCACUCCUGCGCAAGCACGUGACCUUCUCAAGGAUCCUGAUGUUCCACGAAAAUCUGUUCUUGGAAUCAUAAGAAAUCUCCCUCGAAGAACAAAAACAAAUGCUUGCCGCGUUUUCUACCAAAGUCUCGUCGAAGCAGCUCGCGAAGAAAUUUUCAUCGAACAGCGAAAGCCUUACGAAGAUAUAACUGUUUACGUAAACGCCUAG